AUGACAUCUUCAGAAGGACUCCUUGACGACGGAGAACCUUCAGCCACUGCAAUCACUCAAGAGAGCUCAGCUGAACUCUACACGAAAUCAAAUUAUGCGAGUUCAUCAAUGAAAUCACAUUACACAACUGAGGAUUCUGCAUCAACUUUGACUUCUGCGUCGUCAGAAGUGAAUACUGAUGGAGGAACAAUUUCUGUAACUUCAGAAUCACCCACAGACAGCUUGACCCUGCAGACUAUAGAGCUUUCAUCGCUAACAACUGAAGAAAGCGAUAAUUUGGAAAAAGACGGAGAAACGUCAACUACUGCUGAGACACACGAGUUAGUGCUGAGUUCAGUCGACUAUUAA